UCAAUUAUCAAAUUUGAUCCCUAAAUCUUGAAAUCUCCGGUCAAUCUUGAAGCCCUUGUCGACGUUUUCCUGUUCUUCUCGCCGUCAGAGACGCCGCAGACGCCGCCUGUUACUGUAAUCUUCCGGACGAUCGUUUGAGUUUGGGAUCACAGCAUGGGUUCAACUUCGACUUCUGAUGUACAACUUGGAACUAGAUCUUCUGACCCAGAGAUAGUCACCCUUAUUGAUAGUACAUGUCAUGUUGAUAGCACUACGGGGGUAAACAAGUCUUCAACUGUUGAUGAAAAUCGUGAGGGUGGUCAUGGUGAUGGUACUACGAGGAGGGUAAACAAAAAUAAUGAGCCUAAAGUGCCAAUAUUCUCAGUUGAAAAUGCCUACGUAUUUUUAGGUUCCAUGAUUGCUGCCAUAGCAACUAUAUUGUCAUUUGACAAAACUUUGUUUGCUGAGUCGUUGGAAGCCGAAGUCCAUUUGAUUUUUCUGACAGUAUGCAUUUUUGGGGGAAUUUUAUGUUUCUUCUAUGGCGUUUGUUUGUCAGUGGUGUGUCAGUCUAAAUGCUGCCCAAGUUUUUGGCAACGAUUUGGGCGGGUGUUACUGAAAAUUGGCAUGGGGGCUACUGCAUACGCCCUUGUGGCCACAGCUGGCCACCUAUUCCCUGAGCCGGCAAUGUAUUGGUGGACUUUGGUGCUGCUUGUAGCCUGCACACCGCCAAUUUUUUGUAUUGUAGUGAGAUAUUAGUAUGGUGUUGAUAUUAGAAACUUUUGUGGGGUAGUGAGAGAAAAAUAUUGGUUACAUAAGUCAUGGA